UACAAAACUAUAUUUUGUUUGACCUAUGACCGGAAAAAUGGCUUCCAAGUGUCUCCUGUCCAGAUUAAGUUUGGGAUCAGUUCGUAGUGUUAAGGACUUCGUGAUACCAUCAGAUGUUUUAGGGGCAUCGUGUUGUGAGAAGUUUCGACACUAUACAACUCUAUCAGAGAAACAGAAGGAUAAGAUCGCAUCAGGACCAGACUUCGAAGAUUUUGUAACAGGAAAUGUAGAUGCCUCACAUGAACUCUCCCCAAAUAUCAAAAGGAAGAAGGGAGAGAGGCUACGUUUGCCUCCAUGGCUGAAGACAAAGAUUCCCAUUGGGAAGAACUACCAUGGAUUGAAGGAGGAUCUCAGGGAACUCAAACUUCACACAGUGUGCGAGGAGGCCAAGUGUCCAAACAUCGGGGAGUGCUGGGGAGGAGGAGAGAGUGGUACUGCCACAGCAACCAUAAUGGUAUUGGGGGACACAUGUACCAGAGGAUGUCGUUUUUGCUCUGUGAAGACAUCUAGAAACCCGCCUCCCCCAGAUCCAGAGGAACCUCGUAAUACCGCAAAGGCUAUCACCUCCUGGGGACUGGAUUAUGUUGUCCUCACCUCCGUAGACAGAGAUGAUUUGCCAGAUGGUGGAGCAGCACAUUUUGCUCAGACAGUUCGAGAAAUAAAAAAUAGUAAAGACAUGCUGGUAGAAUGCCUGACACCGGACUUCCGUGGUGAUAUGAACUGUGUAGAGAUUGUGGCCGACUCUGGUCUUGAUGUGUAUGCACAUAAUGUGGAAACUGUAGCAGAAUUACAGUGGCUCGUCCGAGAUCCACGGGCCAACUACAAACAGUCUCUCAAGGUUCUAGAACAUGUAAAGACAUUCAAACCAGACAUGGUCACAAAGACCUCCAUCAUGCUGGGCCUUGGAGAGACAGAUGAUCAGAUCAUGAGAGUUCUAGAAGAUCUUAGGGAGAUAGAUGUUGACUGCCUGACAUUGGGCCAAUAUAUGCAGCCAACUAAACGGCAUUUAAAGGUAAAAGAGUAUGUCCAUCCUGACAAGUUCAAAUACUGGGAGGAGAUUGGAGGUCAACUUGGCUUUGCCUACACAGCUAGUGGUCCACUUGUCAGAUCGUCCUACAAAGCUGGGGAGUUUUUUCUGAAGAAUAUUCUAAAGGCCCGGAAGGAAGCAGCAUUAGCUACUUGAAGUUUAUCCUGCCACCUGGUGGAGGAAAGUCCAAAAGUCAUAUGACCAUACUCUGAUGCACUCAUGUGUAAUAUCUGUGAUGAUCUAUUGAAUUAUUUAUAUGGUCUGUGAUCAGGAUCUUCUAAUGGACUGCUGUGAUGAAAAAAAUAUGGACAUCCCGUUUUCCAUGAAUCUCAGGAAUUGGAUAUGAUUGGAUAUGGCCAUUAAUAUUGAUUGAAGGUCAACACUGUGUUAUAUGAACUAAUACUUGAUCUAUAACUGAAGGCUUUAAAAAUUCAUAAGAAUUAUCUUAGCUGUUUGACUUCAAUCAUUAUUGAGAAGCUUAAAGGAGUUUUAUUUAUUUAUAUAAAUGUUACCUAUAUGCCAGCACAUUGUUGACUUGUACAGCUUUUUCACAUGCUACAGUAAAAAAAGUCAGUUGUUGGUAUGGUAAUGGAUAUUGAUUGAUGGUCACUGUGUAAAUUACAGAUGUCUGAUUUUAAAAUGUUAAACAAAAGUGUACUGUCUUAUUCUAAAAUAUUUAGCAAAAGUGUUCAGUUCAGAUAGUACAUGUCAAAUUCUGAACCGUUCCCUAACCCUAAGUCUAACCCUUCUGGUCAGUCACCUUGGAUCAAAAUGAUAAAUGAAUUUCUAUGCCAUUUUAUAACAGUAAAGUGCACAAGCUGAGAUACAAAGAUUAUUAGUCUCUUGAAUUAGAAAAUAUUUAUCAAUGUUGACAUGAAGUUAUGAAUGAUCUCCUUUCAUCGAAACAAUUUGUUAACCUGAAUAAAAAUAUCAAAGUGUUUAA